AUGGCCCAAGAGAUUUCUGUUCAAGGGACUCUUGUUAGCAGGAAUGUGCUGUCUGGCUUGGCUGAUGAUCAGCGCUACCAGAUCGAGCAGUACGAGAAGAUCGUGCACUUGCGGGAUGCCAUUCUUUCUGGUCAACAUCCGACCAUCAAACCUUCUAACAUCCAUACAUCUGCAAACUCUCCUCCCACCCGACCGAUAGAUACCUCCAGUUCGCAUGGCGUGUCAAACAACCAGUCAGACAAGCAACAUCAGGUUGGCAUUUCGACCCCUGCUUCCAGUAGCACUGCAAAGAACAGCAAACCAUCCGGGGCAGGGUUUACUGAGAUUAAUCCAAUCUUCCUAGAGAAGUCUGAAGAUUUGGUUAAAGCAGAGUUGCGAUUGCAGAGACAAAAGCUGGAGCGUGCUUUGAAAGACGAGGUUGAUCAAAAAAAGGCUACCACCAAGAGCGCAGCUCAAGGAGAGCCUAUUGUUGAAUUCGAUCUUAAUCAGGUUUUAUCUGAAGCUUUGACACGCGUUCAGAGUACCACAGGGCCUGACACUACUGUUCCUGCUGCUGAUACUGACAAUGCAAGUGACUCUUUCGAUGAUAACACUUUCUACUCGUCGCAGCACAACACGCCGUCCUCCGUUCUGACUUCCCGAAUUCGUAACGAAUCCGAAGACGCACAAGUGCCCGCUUCGGAACCGCGACCGCCUAUAAACUACCACAGCAAUGCCAUUUUAAAAAACCGACCGACUGAUGCUGAACAAAUUCAUCCGGACAUGCGGAGCCAGCCUCAAAAUCAACAGGCGUAUUCGAAUCCAGCAAACUUUGCUGGUAGCUUUGGCUUUGAUAGUGUCACUCGACCUGGGCAAGUUCCUGGCCUUACGACUUACAAUGAAGACAGGGCUGGCCUUGGGCAGGAUGCAAGUGCUAGACAAAGUCCAAGUAAUUUGGAUAUCGAUAGGCAUAGGGGCGAUUAUGGAUCUGCAAUUCAGCAGCCAGCCCGUGAACAACAUAUUGACAGCCGUCCCGCCUCUCCGCUGAGGAGAAUCAACGCCAGGUCGUCUCCCGAUGCCCACGCUUCGCCAUUAGCAAAUGCUAGGCGACGGCCCCUAGCUCUUCAAGCCACCUCAACCUCGUCAACGGGUACACCCGCCCAAAUUGCUGUUCUCAGAAAUGAACCAAUUGCUGUGACCAGUCCUGAGAGCUCGCCUCAAGGUGGACAGGCUUCAGAAAAAGAAAAGCGGAAGGCAAAGAAAAAGAAGAGAAAGGCUGACAGGCAAGCGCCAGACGCUGAACCAACCCCUUAUAUCAAAACAGAACCUCGUUCUCCAUCACCCUUGAAUGCCCCAUCCUACAUUCGUCCAAAUAAACGUCAAAGGUACACUCAACAGCAGCCAGAUGAACCUGGCUAUGAAGAAAUCCGUUACGAGCCACGCCCUACUCAAUAUCUGCCAGAACCUUCGCACAGCCGCCAGGAGAGAGAUGACCGAAUGCCAAUAAGUUAUGAAAGAGUAGAUUUCCCUUCCCAGCGUGCAACAAGCACUGCCAUUCCCGGAGGUACUGUCUAUAGGCGAGAGUUUGCCGACGAUCGAUAUGUCCAAGGAGGAUCAUAUGCCGUUGAGCAGUCUCCGCUCAUUUCAGCUCACCAUCAGAGACAGUCGGUUGGCGGAACGGCCGGUCCUCAGGUUCGUCCCCACGACACUUAUCAACAACGCCCAUCUUGGCCCUACCUAGGACAUGAAGCGUCUCCUUCCGCGUUGAGGGGAGAAGGUGAUGUCUUUAUGGCACCUCAUCGGCCACCACCUACUCGUAUCAUCGUAGAUGCCUACGGGCGUGAGUAUAUUGAACCACCUCGUCCGACGAUUAUUCGGCAGUCCGCCGCACCCCACGCUCGAUCUGGGGAGCCUGAAAUUAUUUACGAACGGGCUCCACCUCGAAGGCCCCUAGGGACAGAAACAUAUGAUGAGGGCGGGGCAGUAUAUCGCAGACGGUCACCAUCGUAUAUGCCUAGGCGGGUUGUUACACAGCCAGAGUACAUCUCGCGAGAUUAUAGAGACCAGCGGCUGCACGAACAGCCGUCACGUCCAUUGGGACACCCAGGAGAAUUUGUUGAGGUGAUGGCACCUCCAGAACGACGUCGUUUGGAAGACGGGACAAGGGAAUAUAUUACAAGGCCGUCCAGUGUGCGACCUGCGGAGCCUGUUCGCUAUGAAGUCGCCCGGGACUAUGGCCGAGUGCAGAGCGUGCGACCCGAGGUACCCGUACGUCAAUAUGCACCCAGUGUCCACCCAGAGAAUCGCCGUGAAGCCGCACAACCGUACGGGCGAGAAUACGGUGCCUUGACUGCGGAACAAGGGGUUGUCAGACAAGAGUACAGCACGCGGCCUGUGGAGCGGUACUACAAUCAAUCGAUGCGAGGUGGAGAGGAGAUUGCUUUCAUUGAGCAACCGCGUGGAGAAACACAAGAGAUAGUCUAUGCUGAUGAUGCGAGGAGGGAAGUUUAUCGCUAA